UAUGGUCGCUGACCUUGAUGUGCUACAUGAAACAUGCAAUAUUAUUGGUGAACCAAAAACGUUUAAAAGUGAGGCUCCUUUGUCUGCAGCACCAAUGCAGUCACAUAAUCAGCCAGCAACAACUGUGGGCAGUCCUCAUAUGUUUCUGGCCGUUCCACAAGCUGGUUCUGUUCCACAACCUAAUUUUACAGCUAGAUCUUCAGUUCACUCUCCUCAACUUGGGCACAGUGCAGGUUUACCGUCUUCUGGAAACCCUCCUAGUAAUUUAGCACAUGUGUCUUCCAUGGAUCCAAGAUCUGAUAUUGUUACCGCUAAUUCACAUCCACCUGCAUACAAUUAUACACGCCCAGCUCAACCCACACAUAAUCAACCCCCUCCAAUGUAUAUGAACAGGGGACCUAUUGCCAGAAACGAGGCACCAGCUAGGAUCAUUCCCAUUGCUGCUCUUAACCCAUAUCAGGGUCGUUGGACUAUCAAAGCCCGUGUGACUGCAAAGUCAGAGCUUAGACAUUACAGCAAUGCAAAAGGAGAUGGCAAAGUUUUUAAUUUUGACCUUCUUGAUUCUGAUGGUGGUGAAAUAAGGUCAACAUGCUUCAAUGCUGUGGCUGAUCAGUUCUAUGAGCAAAUUGAGGUUGGUAAAGUUUACUUAAUUUCAAGAGGCACCGUGAAACCUGCUCAAAAAGCUUAUAAUCAUCUGAAGAAUGAUCAUGAAAUUACGCUGGGCGAUACAUCUACGAUACAACCUUGCUUUGAUGAUGAUGGAUCAAUUCCAAAGCAGCAAUUUCAUUUCCGUCCCAUUGCUGAAAUUGAAGGCUUGGGUAACAAUACUAUUCUGGAUAUCAUUGGUGUUGUUUAUAAAAUCACUCCUUCAGCUUCUAUACAGACAAAAAAGGGUACUGAGAUUCAAAAAAGAACCCUUGAAUUGAAAGACAUGUCUGGCAAAAGUGUUGAGUUAACUUUGUGGGGAAACUUUUGCAACAAAGAAGGCCAAAUACUCCAAACCAUGUGUGAUUCUGGAGUAUUUCCUGUAUUGGCUGUGAAAGCUGUUAAAGUGAAUGAAUUCAAUGGUAAGUCUGUGGGGACCAUUGCCACAAGCCAGAUAUGCAUAGAGCCUGAUUCCUUCGAGGCUCGUAAACUCAAAGCAUGGUACGAUGAUUGUGGGAGUAAAAUUACAUCGGUUUCAUUAUCCAAGUCUGUUCUGCGUACAGAUGAACAUAAAACUAUCUCCCAUAUAAAAGAUGAAAAGCUUGGGACCUCUGACAAGCCAGAUUGGAUCACAGUUGGUGCCACUGUAUCGCAUGUUCGAGUUGAAAACUUCUGCUACACAGCAUGCCUCCUCAUAAGAGAUGGUCGACAGUGCAACAAAAAAGUUACAAAUAAUGGCGAUGGGAAAUGGCGAUGUGACACGUGUGAUCAAACCAUUGAUGAAUGUGACUACAGAUACAUACUGAGUCUUCACAUACAAGACCAUACUGGUUCUACAUGGGUAACUGCAUUCCAGGAAACCGGUGCCGAGAUAAUGGGUGUUGCUGCCAAAGAGUUGUAUUACAUAAAAUAUGAAGAGCAAGACGAAGAGAGAUUUUCAGAAAUUAUAAGAAAUGUUGUCCAUACAAAAUUUAAUUUUACGCUAAAAGUGAAAGAAGAAACAUUUAAUGAUGAUCCGCGUGUGAAGUCCACUGUUUAUAAAGUUGACAAGAUAAAGUUUUCAUCAGACACAAGCUUUUUUCUGGAUUUGCUUAAUAAAGAUGAAAGAACGUCUAUAGGCUCAAAGAUUGAAAUCCCCAUUCAUUUGUCUGCACCAUUUAGCAACAAUAUUGAAAGUGUUGGCGGCCUUGGUCAACAUGCAACUUUACAACCAAAACAAACGGGUUUGUCUAGUAUGGGGAAUUCUGGCGGUCUUGGUCAGCAAGCCAUUUUACAAGCAAAUCAAACAGGCCAUUUUGGGAAUCACUACGGUAGCUGCAAAAGUUGUGGCAAUCCAGGCCAUAACUCUACAAGCUGUCCAAGUGUUGGAAAUGCUUCAGGAAGAGCUAACAGUUUGCCAUCUGGAGGUGCCUCUGCCAAUUGUUUUAAAUGCAAUCAACCUGGACAUUGGCCCAAAGACUGUCCUCGUGAGAAUUAUGUUAAAAUUGAGCAUAACGCAACUGUGGCUGCUGGAAGAUAUGGGACUGCAUUUGGUUAAGAUGCUGGUUGACUUUCUGAGGUUCUUUUUAGCAAUAAAGGCCACACCAUAGCAGACUAGCUGUCUCCGUUUUGUGCUCACUUGUUAUGUUUUUAGCCAGUAUUUUGGAUCGUUAGUCGCGUUAAUACUAGGCCUUCCUUCUUUUUUUGCAAUCGUUUUGUAGGUAGAAUGUGUAUCUUGUAAAUUAUGGUAUGUGUGAUCCAUAUUUAUCUUUUGGUUUUUGUUAUGCAAACAUUAUCUAACUACGUUUAUGGGACUUGUUAAGAAGUAUGAUUUCCAUAGACAUUAAC